AUGGCCCAAGUUGGACCAGAAAAUCUCCCACCGGAGGUUAUGUAUAUGAUUCUGGGCUAUUUAGGAGUGCCUACCUGGUGGCAGCCCUCGUCCGGCCCCCAAUUUUGUUUGUCCAAAAGCCACGAGAAGCCCGACCAACCUGUCUGGUACUCGGUGCAGCGUAACUUGUUACGCAACCUGUGCCUGGUCUGCCGUGAAUGGAGGCGACUGGUGGAACCCAUUUUAUACCAAGAAUUCAUGCCAGGGCAUGGCGGCUCAUGGCGUUCCGAUUCUUACACCUGGGACCGACGACUAACCUCGUAUCUGCUGGCCGACCUCAGUAUUGAGAGGCCUGAAAGAGCAAAAUGGGCAGCAGCACGCGCGCGCGAGGUGCCCACUCCACGUCCGGAGCCGAUCACUUGGCGAGAGGCUAAAGAUACACUCCGAGAAAUUGCGCGGGCACUAGAGAGCGACGACUUACGGACACUCUCCCCUAGUGAUCUACUAGCUGGCUUGAUGGCAGAGCUCCCUCAUUUGGAACACCUUAGCCUACAAAUUGGUGGUGCUGGUUCAAUGCUGGGCGCCAAGGGGCUCCGCGCCGCCGAAGUCUCUCGCCUGCCCCUCAAGACAAUCGACAUUUGCUAUGCGGCAUCGAAAUACGUGGUAGAAUGUGCGAUGCUGUUGCCUCUUGAUGAGUACGUCAGCGACCUGUGGGAGGCCUGUCCCUCCUUGGAGACGCUCAAUCUGCACAUGUGCACGAGUCUCUGGAAUCGGCUCACGCCGUUUCCGCCCCUUCCUAAGCUCACUACGCUGCGUCUCACGCACAGCUGCCAGAGUAAGUCAAACUUGGAACACAUUCUAUCGGCAUCUCAAGGGUUACGUCACUUUUACUACGAAUCCACCACCCGUGGCCAUUUCAUUCCCGGUGAUCCGCUUACCCAUGACAAGGCCGUGCAACUCGGCGACGCGGUAGAACUUCUUAAACGCCACCGGGCUACCCUCGAAACUCUCCACCUAGAUAGACGUCGAGAGUCAAUCUUCCCGGGUAGCUUGGACCUUGGACCGGUUGUUAGGUUUCAAAAUUUUCCUGCUUUGUACCAUCUGUUUCUGAGCAUGGAUGAGAUUCACCUCCGAAUUGAGGGGCGAGACACUAAAGAAGACCCGGAACUAUGGAUCCAGAUACUACCACCCAAUAUCAAGUCUCUUCAUUUAGCGUCCACCAUCCUGGAUGCGCGUUGUCUCGGCGAGGAAAGCCUGAUUAGGGGCCAAGCACGCGCGAUUUCACGCGGACCAUUCUCGUCCUUGCGGGAGGUAAGAUGGGGUGCACGACAGAAGAACCAAGGUGAGUGUCAGUUUCCAGUCUGUCCCUUUCAACCGCUACUACCGCAUACUUAUAAGGACCGCCAUAUAAAAGUCAAGGAACUGUCAAGUCAGUCGGCCAUAGAGGCAAUGUUCGCGGCCGCUGGGGUGGACUUUGGGGUCGCGGUGUGGCCGGGAAGUUUAGUAACCUUUUCCGAUGCGAGCAAAUUCCAUCUCGGAUACUUUAAUGUGGCAACGAACGACAACUAUCCCCCGCAGCCCUUGCCAGAUGAGGAUGAGGAUUUAUGGUGA